AUGCGCAUAGUGAAGCCAACAUGGCUCAUCCACCCAGGCGAGAAGAAAGAGCACGAGAUAUACAGCUGCCAUGUCUCACCCGACGGCCAGCGCCUCGUCACAGGUGCAGGGGAUGGCUAUGUCAGGAUCUGGUCUACAGACGCGAUCUACAAUGUGACAGACACGAAAUAUGAUAAGCCUAGACAACUGGCGUCUAUGAGCUAUCAUUCCGGCACGAUUCAUGCGGUACGCUUCUCUCCUGGUGGAAAAUUCCUGGCAUCCGGUGCAGACGAUCGCAUAGUGUGCAUCUACAACCACGACCCGUCCCCUCCUCCGCAAGCGACGUUUGGCUCAAGUGAAUCCCCUCCCGUCGAGAAUUGGCGCCUCUUCCGAAGACUCAUAGGCCAUGACAACGAUGUUCAAGAUAUAGGUUGGUCCUACGACGGGACCAUCGUAGUUUCGGUCGGCUUGGACUCGAAAGUGGUGGUCUGGUCAGGCUUUACAUUCGAGAAACUCAAAACCAUAACAUCUCACUCUAGUCAUGUCAAGGGUGUUACCUUUGACCCGGCCAAUAAGUACUUCGCGACGGCAAGCGACGAUCGCUCAAUCAAGAUCUUUCGAUUCACAUCUCCUGGUCAAAACACCACAGCAACAGACUGUGUCUCAAAUUUCAUCCUUGAGUCUACUAUCACUGCACCGUUCGUGAGCUCACCUCUUACUACAUACUUCAGACGAUGCUCUUGGGGUCCAGACGGUGCCCAUAUUGCUGCAGCCAAUGCAGUCAAUGGCCCUGUCAGUGCGAUUGCCAUCAUUGAAAGAGGGACCUGGGGAGGCGAGACAACCCUGAUCGGUCACGAAGCACCAGUAGAAGUGUGCGCAUUCUCACCCCGACUAUAUAGUCAUUACAAAGUGGGCGAACCAUUAGCGCCAGGAGCACAUGAUCAGCACACCACAGUGAUUGCAUGCGGAGGCGCCGACAAGAGCUUGAGCAUAUGGACAACUAGUAGUCCUCGUCCUCUCGUCGUAGCUGCGGACGUUGUAAACAAAUCGAUCACCGACAUAGCAUGGAGUCCAGCUGGGGACGCCCUCUUCGUAAGCUCAGCCGAUGGAACCGUCAUUGUUGUUGGUUUCGAGCCUGGUGAGCUUGGCUACGUAAAGGACACAACCGAGAAUGACCGUUCUUUAAGCAAAUUCGGGACAUCGAGGAAGGGAAUGGGUUUUCCCGAAACCACCGACGCCGUCCUGCUCGAGGAAAUGAGCAAGGCAGGGGAGCGGAAGGAUGUAGAAGGAAGAAUGGGUGCUCUGAUGGGCGAUGCAUCCCAACCAGCAACGAACGGCACUGUCACUACAGUCAAUGGAACGCAUGACAACAAAGCAAAUGGCGCAAGUGCCUCGACGAUCGUGAAUGGUGACGGAGCAGCAGCAAAAGCUGACAAGGACCAGGAGAAAUUGGAACGGCUGAAAAACAGAGUCGAGAUUACAAAAGAUGGAAAGAAAAGGAUAAAGCCUUUACUGAUAUCUUCAUCCGGUGGUGCUGAAUCCUCACUUCCUCAGACACGUCUGGUAAAUGCGAAUGCUACGGCAACCACAGCAGAUGAUGCCCCGAAGUCGAUACUGGAUUUGUCGAAACCAUUCGAUGGUCUACCGAAAGGCGGAAUCCAAGCUCUGCUCCUUGGCACGAAACGGAAAUUUGGAGAGAUGGAGGGCGAAGAAGAAGGCUAUACUCAAAAAGUCAUCGACGCCGCAAGUCAGAAUGGUCGAGUGCCUCUUGUAGAGCACGCCGCUGAUGGUCUUGUGCCAGCUCAAGUACGACCACCGAAACUAGGACAAGAGCAGACUCCAGAAUGGAUUCGUCCAGCUGUAUUGAAUCCUAGCCUGACAACAGCUCAAGUACGCUUGUCUGUACCAAGAAUACGCACGCACGUCGUAGCAGGUUAUGAUCACUCGGGCAACCCAACAGAUGUGAGUAACGACACUUUGAGACAGAGAGCAGAUUACGUCUUUGAAGCACGAAACCCUCCUGCAGCGUCCUUGACUGGGAGGGCUCAAGAUCGAGAGCCGUGCCGGAUCUGCUUACUUCGAAAGAAUCAACCUAUGUGGCAGGACUUUCUACCACGUAAUGUCCUUCUGGUCACUGGGAAUGAGGAUUUCUGGGCAGCUGCGGACGAAACAGGAUCUAUAUUCCUGUGGACGCCGUUCGGCAGAAGAUUGAACAGUGCCAUUAUCAUGGAAGCACAACCUGUCAUCCUCGAAUGCUACGACUCGUGGCUUCUAUGUAUUAACGCAGUCGGAAUGUGCUAUGUAUGGAACGUGAAGACUAUGUCAUCUCCUCAUCCACCUGUCUCAGUGGCGCCUGUGCUUGAUGCAGCCAUCUACUCAUUGGCAGCCCAUCCAACUGGCGCACCAGCUAUCACUAACGCAAGACUCAACUCCGAAGGUCGUAUCAUCAUUACGUUGUCAAACGGCGAAGGUUAUGCCUACGCACCUCAGAUGUACUGCUGGCAACGACUUUCGGAAGUAUGGUGGGCAGUCGGCAGCCAAUAUUGGAACACGACAGACUCUGGCGUGGUGGAUGUCAUGUCGGCGAAAAGAAAGGACGGCGGGAAGGUCAAUCCUGCUGCCGGCGUUAUGCCUUGGAUGGAGAGGCGCACGACCACCGAAACAUUAUUACGUGGCAGGGCAUAUUUCCUGCAAAGGCUAAUCAAAGUUUUGCUCUCGAGAGAAGGAUACGAAAGCUUUGAGUCAAGUGUAUCAAUAGCACAUCUCGAGAAUAGGAUAGCAGCGGCGUUAAUGUUGGGCUCGAAAGACGAGUUCAAAUUGUACUUACUAAUGUAUGCGAAACGGCUUGGCGCAGAAGGGUUGAGAUUGAAGGCGGAAGAGCUAUUAAGGACACUGAUCGGUGGCAUUGUGGAACAAGAUGAUCCUUCUGCACAUUCGCUUGCCGCGAAGAAGAAUGUAAUAGAAGGUAGGAAUUGGGAGGACGAAUCUGGGCUUGUUUGUGGUUGGGAAAGGAAAGAUCUUCUUCGUGAUGUCGUGAUGCUGCUCGGCAAACACAGAGACAUGCAGCGUGUUACUGUGCCAUAUGCACGAUACCUGGGUGUCUUGGACAGGGCAGAUGAGGGUAAUGAGCAUGUUGACGCUGAUGCGAUGGCAUCCUAA